CCUCCCCCAGACUGUUAUCUCUGAAAGGUUGUCAUUCUUGUUUUCGCGGGAAACAUCAAACAUCUAUUCCCAUUUUCAACAUUUUAUCACGAUUUAUCUUCUAAUUUUGUUAUCAACUCGCCGAGUUUGUAAUCGCGUUGUUUCUCGGUUGAGAGUUAUCCGCGGAAAUUGACAAUUUUUACGUCUCAAUGCCGUGUAUCUGCAGUUCUUCGUGUUGAUUCUGAAAUGAGCAGCAAAGAGUCGACGGUUUCGAGGGCGAGGACCUCUCGAUCGCAGGAGGGGCCGGCAGUCGUCAGAAUCAAACGCUACGACAGGCCGAGUUCGGCCGAUAAGAAGCCACGCUCUGGAGACAGCAAAGUGGUCACUUUUCUACCGGAAAUGCCCAUCCCGGAAGACGUGAUGAUGCGAUAUGAAUACGAGCUGUCUAGGAGAAAGGGCUUAGAACCACCUAGAAAAAGUAAGAGUCAUCCCAAGAAGAGUGAAGACAAUCUUAAUAUUGAUGAGAAUUUCAUGGAUAUAAAAAAUAAAAUAACUGAAAUGGGAAGUAAGUUGAAAGAAGUAGAAGGCAAGCUUGCACAAAGGUCAAUGCCAAAAGUUGAAUUGCUCCGAAAGCCUUCGAAGAGUGAUAGUCAUUUCAACAUACAUGAUAAAGGUCCAACACAAAUGUACAAACCUGGUGGCUAUUCAGAAUCGAUCGGAGAGAGGCCACCGAGGAUGGUCUUCCACACGUCUAUUAUACCAGAAACAACGCUGAAAAACACAGACCCUUUGAGAGCGUCUAGAAUCACGUCUAGUGCCGAAGUUGACAAGGUGAUAAGAAGUAUCAGGACUGAAAUUGAAAACUGGAAGAAGAAAAAAUUGAACUUCCAAGGAAAGUUGAACUUCGACGAAGAAAUAACUUCUGACAUGCCAGCAGCUGAUAUACGAGAAGAAGCGGAACGAGAUGCAGAAAGAGCUGUUAGCACUGCGCCUAGCAAAUGUCAGACGGAUAGCUGUCAAUCCGAAGCUUCAUGUUCGCUGCCCAAGUUCAGAUCUGUCAGCAGGCCCAGUUCUGAAAAUCCUGUCUCGUUUUCCAGGCAUAUAGAUGUAGUUUCAAGAAAUUCUUCAUCUUCAACUGGUGAAAAAUUCAGUCAUCAUUCACACUACCCCCUUGAUAAAUAUUUGUCUAAAGAUGUACUAGCAGAUUUACCACAAAUCAAUGACUUAGCAUUAGGUGAAAACAGAACCAAACAACAUGAACUUUUUGGUACGCUAAGCAUAUUGACAAAAGAGCUUGAGAGGCUGAAAGGACCUGUUCUGAGGCGCUCAGUGUCAGACAUCACGACAAAUUCAAUUGGGGACAGUGAAAGUUGUUAUACUGAAGAACUUGUGGAAACACAGUUUCGUAAGGCAACUUAUGCUUUUCGCAAGAAAAAUCCUCAUGAUGUUCAUAGGAAAAAGUCACAUUUUACUAUUGUCAAUCAGCAUAGUGACAGAACUACAAAGGUACAUUUAAGCAAAGAAAAUGACAAUUUUAGAAGUCCAUAUCAACGAGAGGCCAUGCUGACUGGAUACAGCUCUCCCAGCCCUCCAUUGCUGAGGUCUGCAGAAAUGCCUAGCACUUCUUACCAAAACUUCGAUAUGAGAACUCAGACUUACGAAAGGCCUCAACAAUACACACCGAGGUACGAUGAAAAAGAUUACAACAGAGAUAGCCGCCAGUACAGGACAUGCCGUUCUCCUGUGUCUCCAGUCCCGAUGACACCGGGCUAUGACAAUUACUACUCGACUACGGCUCAACCAGGUACAGCGACUUCUCAAGCUCACAAUUAUCCAAUGUGGAGUGCCAAUUCGAAUGGCUACCCAGUGUCACAAGAAAACUCAGUUGCCACUCCAUAUCGGCCUGACUCUUACAAUAGGCACAGAAUGCAUAGACACACCCCUCAUGAAGCAGGAUAUCAUGAAAAUGUGCCAAGAAUCAGAUCACCCGCUGUGAGGCAGGAACCGCAAAGGCAGUCUCCUAGGGCAAAUUUGAGUUUUAAGACAGAGCAGAUAUUGAUACCCCCUGUUCCUUGUGGAAAGAUGACAAGUCAGAUGUUUAACGAGUUAAGAACUCCUUCGAACAACAUGCAUUCCCAGUUGAACAGCAAACCAGUUCAAGAUGUCUGUGUAAACACAGAUUUUAUUAAUAGCUCUGUGUACAGUUUUAAGUCAAAAUUUGACAUCGUUGAGAAGGAAGAAGUCAAACCAAGUAAUAAAACAUUCGGCGUUCAGCAACUGCCAAAAUUAAGCAUUAGGCCUCAACUUGUUACUCAAGUCGGGCCAAAUGUGAACAUCUGGCCUCAUAGAGUUAGUAAAAGUAAAAACAAUGUCGGUGUUUUUGAACUGGUUCAUCCUCCUGCUUCCCAAGAACAAAAAUCUGAAGACAAAACAAACAAAAUACAGAAUUUCCAACCAAAAACUGUACCUAAUUGCCCAAGAACGAAUAAAAAAAGAGACAUACUGACGGAGGAAAAACCAGAAGAAUCCACGCCAAAACAGAAGGAUGAGCCAAAGUUGUUGAGAGUCGCAGAACAGUUUUGUAACACUCUCAGCGUGAAGAAACAGCAAGAAUUUGUUGAACUUAAAACCUCUAUGCAAAAUUUAUUGGCCUGUGUGAACGAUUUGUAUGAAAAUCAGCUCUAUACAAUGGAAGAACUUCAGAAAGCAUCUUUAGGUUCCAACCACAACUCAGAAGAUUUGCCCCGAAGGAUGAACAUGGUAGCAGAUCUUCUCGAAGACGAAAUUGGCAAGUUCGGCACCCAGAACAAGGACCAUUACGAGCGAUUGGGGAGAGUUAUGAAUGUUUUGGUUGAUGAUAUUCAAACGACCCUGAACGCUGUGGAUGGCCAAAGAAACAUAAUCAGGUCUCAACAGACUGAUUCAAAAGAAAUUCCAAAAACAAGUGCUAAUACAGGGAGGACACAAUUACGAAGAGGAUCUUCACAAGCAGGACUUACAACUUUCAAUGAAGAAGAAAAACGGACGCUGAGAAGUUACGAAGGUGAUUUAAAAAGCAAUGACUACAAGACCCAAAAGAACCUGGAGCUUCGUCUUUCCCGCAUUGAAAAGUUGUUUGAAAUCAACAAAAGUCUAAAGGAAAUUAUUGCAGAGACAUCGCCUGAUACUACUGAAACAUAUGACUCAACGCCUCAAGAGGAUACAACGUCCUAUGACUUAGAUGCAAGCAAAAGUGAGCUAAGCAUGGACAAAUCUUUCUCUGAAAAGCUUGUCGAAGAAAAACUGAAUGAAACAUUUAUUGUUGACGAGGAAAACAAGAAAGUUGGUACAGGAGACCCUGAUGAAGAAUACUUAAAAGAGCUAAAAACAAAAGCAGACAACAUUUUAGAUGUCUUUUUGAAAAAACCCAAAGGAAUAAAGUUAGAAAGAGAACUGCACGAUAAUCAGAGACAGAUAUUUACGCUGCCAAGCGUUCCACAGGCUUUGCCGAUCUCACCAAAACAGCCAAAUAAAGACAUCUUCAAAGAAAUUGAAAGGUUGACUGUAGAAUUAAGUCUGUGUAAUAAGCGUGAUGUUCAGGUUGAGACUGACCCAAAUGAAUUAUGUGCUAUUGCAUUGCAAAAUGCUGAACUGAAAGAUAAAAUUGACUCUCCUAGUUUAUUUGCUCUGACAAAACCAAAAGAAACUCAGACUGAUCCUAUUAUUGAUUUGAUUACUGAACAAACUUCUGUAUUUCCUGAGCAACCUGUUACUGGGUCAUCUUGUGUAAAAGAGAUGGUUGAGCCUGUGGUGAAACAAUCCGUCCAGGCUGUAAUUGAGCCAGAACCAUCCACUUCGGCUCAAAACCCAGCAAAAAUUGUUGCAUUGUUGCAAAAACUUCCUGAAUUUUUACAAUCAACAGCUCAAGCUGAUGCAGCAAGGACUUGCCAGAGUUUACCUGAAUUUCCUUUAGCGAUAAGACCAUUUUUGAAAGAAGAAGAAACUCAUUCUCUUCCUCCUUCGAGGCUUUCUCCAUCACCUCCACCAUUAAUACCCGAAAUGCAAAUCAUAAAGCAAUCUGAAGAAGCAGCAGACCUGUUAAACAGCACAGUUCAACCAAGCGCCCUGCAAAAAUUAGAAUGCAUGCCUCCUCAGAGUAUUUCAAAUGUUGAUAAGUCUAUGCCAUUUUUGAGGUUCUCAAAUCCCCAGACAAAUUCUCUGCUUGAAGUCAGGUUUCCUGAGGAGCAUAAAAAAUUCACCAGCUCAUUUAUUCUUCAGUCGAAUUCACAAGGAGACGAUAUAAAGCUUAGCUAUAAUAGAGAGGAUCAUGAAUUAGAAAACCAGAAUAAUUUAAAACCAAUUGAGUAUGAAGUAAAAAAGGAAGAGCUAAAAGAAGACAUAUUUCCACAGGUAGUUUGCCAAACUGAUGAUUUGUCAAAACUUGAUGAAAACAUGCAAGUAACUGGUAGUGUCAAUGCUGAGAAAAUUGAAUUGAAACCUUGUAGUUCCAUAAGUGUUGUUACAAUUCCAACAAGUGAUGAUUCAUCAAAAAUGAGCAAAAAAUUUACUGAUGAACCGACUGAAAAAGCAUCCCAGGGUGUCCAUGAAGCAAGACAAGUACAUGACGAAGCUUCUGAGGCUAUAUACCGUGAAAUGGGAAGUGAACAACUACUGGACAGUUUAUCAUCAAAUUUAUUGAAACUUUUAGAAGUUAGAAUCAAUGAAGUUGUAUCCAUGCACUCAGAAAGCACAAAAGUGACUUCGAGUAAAAAGAAAAGUUCACAAACAGAUUUUCGUGAUUUAGAUGAAUUGUCUCUUAGUGAGUUGGAAAAACUUCAACAUUUAGAAACAAAUACAACACGCAAAAUUAUCAAACCUGCAAUAUCUUCUCAAAGUGAUACUGAUUCAGCAAAGACUGAACCGAGCCCAAGAUUACUACCCAUACCUCCAAUAUCUGUACCUUAUAAAGUAGUAAAAAAUGCGAUAAUCCAAGUAGACACGUACACUGACAAAAACCCAGAAGAGAAACAAAAAUUCACAUUUCCAAGAUUUUUAAGGCCUUGUCCAAGUUUCUGCAACGAAGCAGAAGAUAUUCAGAGCAUAAAGAAAAAAGUAAGAAAGGACCUUUUAGGAGAGACAAUAACAAAAGUGCGUAGUUUAGAUUCGGUGAAAGAUCAUCCCAUGACCACUUCUCCCCUGAUGUCAAGACUGCAAAAGAAACCACCUCCUCUGCAUUUAAAACUGGGAACAAGUGGCGAAUCUAUACAAAUUGAAUAUUGGGAUUCGGAUCAAAUGUCUGAAGGCGAGAUUGGCUAUAUUUUCACAUCAAACUCAUACAGCAGUGGUGAGAUAAAGCCGAGGCCACUUAAACCGAAAGAUCAAAAUGAAGAAAAGUCCAGCCGAGCAAGUUGUUCCUUUUUGACAGAUGAAGAAUUCAUAGCUGGACUCAGACAAUUUCAAGAUGAAAACCUCCCUGACCAGACUUCUCCAGUAGAAAGUGAAAAUUCCAAAGAGAGCUCGGUAUAUAACGAAUCAGAAACAACACCAGAAACGACGACUAGUGAGACACCUUCUACAAGUGAUACAUCAGAUAGUGAAUAUAAUUGACUAGCUUUUAAUCAAUAUUUUAUACAUUUAGUUUUAAAUGUGUUCUGUA